AGGUGAGGCGAGCGGCGGACAGGGCAGGAGCGCUCAGCGCGGCCACCUUCCUCCGGUCCGGCUCUUCUCCUGCAGCCUCAGCCUCAGCCUCCAUACCUGCCUGCAGCUUUCAGCGAUCACGCCCAAAACAGCGAUUAUGUUUUAAAGGGGAUGUUUAGGUCACAAGGACCCAUCUAGAAUGCUUCGCUGGGAACCCCGCUCCGCCCCUGAUCAAAGAGCUUGAUGAACUGAGGAAAUAUUGUAAAGACUGAGCCAGAGAGUUUCCACAACCAUGUGACAUACACAUACAGGAAAUGACUGCUUCAAUGUAUUGCUGUUAAAGCUUCCUUGGGCAUGAUGGAGCAUGAUGCAACAAGGACGUACCGCCUCGCAUAUCCCAGGCAAUUUGAUAUACGGGUGAUUUUCGAUUAUUUGCUCUCCGUUGACACCUGUGUCUAAUAGAAAAUCUGCCCUCCAUCGCUUGCAGGCUAUGCUGGUUCAAGAUCGCUCACAGGGUCACGUGAAUGGGGACACAUGUUACUCCAGUCCUUAAAACCCUACACCAGCUUCUUGUGGAGCUAAAGUGUGAAAAAACUUGUGAAGUACACCCGAGAGUUUUGACAUCUAAGCCUGGACGUGUUAUAUACUGAGAAAGCUGAACAAACCAUAUCCUUGCCUGGUCCUUCUCACAAUGCCUAUCUUGAUAUGUUUCAGUCUGACACUGACUCUGCUCUCAUAUUCAAAAGGUGAUGACUGGAGCAUAAAUGUCACAAGAAGCUUUAAUGUAACCAAGGGCUCAGAUGUAACCGUACUGUGCUCGUUCACCUAUCCAUCACAGUACCACACGGAUGAUGUACAGGUUUACUGGAAAACGAGAGGCCAAAGUGAAUGCAGCAGGAAGGAUCUUGAUAGGAAUGCAUUUGUUUUUCACCCAAAUGACACCUGUGUGCUUCCUAAGUACAGAAGAAAGACAAAGGUCAUCGGAGAUAAAGCCGGAGGAAACUGCUCUCUACAGAUCCGAAACAUCAUGGUAAAUGAACCGUUCAUGUAUGUGCGCGUUUCUGGACGUGGCAGAGACUACAGUUUCAAAAAGGAUUACAUCUCCAUUUCUGUUAAAGCGAUGUCGAACACCAGCGUGGAUGACAACCUCCAACUGUACUUGGCCAUCUUUAUACCAGUUGCAGCAAUCGCACUGAUCAUCUUUGUCACUGGAAUUGUCAUUUACACCACACGCGAGCGGUCACAAACUUUCAGCCGGGAGGAAUCUAAAUUUUACGUGAACUUUAGUAAAAGAUCAUCAAAUCCAUCCAAAAGUGAAACAUCUUGUGAAACAGAUUUUAAAGCUUCGGAAAAGAAAGUCAUUGAUGAACCUAUCUACAUUAAUUAUGAGGGACGAACAGAGGAAUUGAGCCAAAGUUUGGACAACAUAGACAGUAUUUAUGCAAACGUGGAUUAUUCAAGAUAGAAAAACACCUGAUGUCACAACUGUACUUUAAGCUCUGGCACAACUCAGGAAAGAAGCAACAGGGGUGGGUUUCUGCAGGAAACAGUGACGAUCAUACGCUUAUUGCGCUGGCCUUUAUUAUAAACUUUCAUUUCUUUAUUGCUUUUCUCACACAUUUUCCUGCACAAAUCAUUAACCCUGAAAUCAAUGGAAAGCAUACAGCAAAGAAUCUUCAGAAAAUGUGACCUCAGCGUUGAGAAACUUCAGGAAGAGGCUCCACACGUGAUUCAUUCCCAGUGCAUAAUCAACAUCUGGAGCAGCAGGGAAGACAUACAGUGCAUAUUUGUAUGCCUAGAAGUGUCUACGCCAAUCUAUUCUACAACACAAAAUCUGAAGAAGUUG